AUGAAUUUACCAGAUCAUUGUUAUCCUCAGACAUCUGAAAAUACUAUCUCUAAUGAUAUUGAUAAGGAAAAAGAUAAAAAAAUUGUUUAUAGAGUGGAUUCAAUUAUAUUAUAUAUUAGAUAUAAGAUAAAUAAAAUAAAAAAUUGUUUUGAAAAUGUUACAAAAAAUUAUUUAUUUUGGUAUUUGAAAAGAAUAUUUGCAAUGAAACCUUUUAGAACUAUUUAUCAUUUUAUUCAUGGUUUUUUCUAUAAAAUAAAAUUAAUAAUUGUUUCAAAUGAAACAGAAAAUAUUCUAUCUAUUAAUGAAGGAAGAUUAAGUUAUCCUUCUGGAUCAGAAAAUUGUACAAAUGAGAAUGAAGUUGUAAUUAAAAAUAUUUGUUUAUCUUCUAAAAAAAUGUCAAGAAAAUUAACAACAGAAGAAAUAGAGAAGAGAAAAAGAAAAACAAAGUAUAGUAAAGAAUUGCUACAAGAAUUAUAUGGAAGUACAGAUAGUUAUUCGUUAAGCGCUGAUUCUGAAGAACAACAAUAUUUAAGAAUGACCCAAACUGACAUUUCAUCAACAUUCUCUGAACAGGCAAUGAAUAAGAUAGCAGAAAUGGAAGAAGAAAUAAAAAGAUUAAAAAGGCAAAUGGAGAUUGUCUGCCAAUUAAAAACUUCACAAAUAGAAAUGGCACAAAAUUUAUUAAAUAAAAAAUUAAGUUCAUCUUCAAGUGACUCAUACAUAUUACUAGAUGAAACAAAUAAUUCUGAGUAUUUAAUAUCAUUACCAAAUGUUUACCCACCAACACCACCACCAUUACCUUCUAUUUCAAUAGAUUCAUCAACUAGUGAUUCUAACAGUAAUGUGACAAAUAAUUGUAGUAAAACAUUACGUACAAAAACAUCUGGUUUUGAUAAUAACACAUUACUUACAGAAUUACAAAAUAUUAAGUUAAAACAUAUAGAACCAACAAUGAAAAAAAAAAAUUUUGGUUCUUUUUUAGAAGAAGCAUUGUAUGAAAAAUUUAAAAAUGUAAAAUUAGAAGAUUAUUCUGACUCAGAGUAUAGUUUAAGCGAUUGGAGCGAUUAA